AUGUUUCUUAGGAGUGCCAUUUUCUUGCUUUGCUUUGUCCCGAUCCUGGGCUUCCUGUGCCAAGAAAAUUCUCCCGUCUACCGCUUCACAAUAGGCGACAUUCGCGCCACAGUGAUUUACGAUGGAUUUUUGACCUUCACGACACCUCCUUUUUUCGCACCGGUGGAAGACGUCAACGCUUCAUACAGCGCAUGCUUUCGCUCAAUAGACCCUCUUACCCUCUCUCAGAAUGUCCUUGUGUUAGACACCGAAGCCGGGCGUGUCCUCAUUGAUCCGGGAGCUCGAGGAGGCGAAGAAGUUCCGGUCCUGGCCUCAGCCGGUCUCCUUUUCAAAAACAUGCGCGCAGCAGGAAUUCCUCCAGAGUCUAUCGAUCACGUUUUUCUGACUCAUGGCCAUGCAGAUCACGUCAGCGGAUUGUUGGGCCUGGAAGGUGGUCCGGCAUUCCCGAAUGCGAAGCUUUAUGUUGGAGUCACAGAAAAUCGCUUUUGGAUGACAGAGCCGCUUCCUAUUUCCGAGGACCAUCCAUUGAGGGACACACUGCUCUACCGCGAUGGGGUUGCCCCAUACGCACCCAGCCUCCAACUAGUUGAGGAAGACAGCUCGCCGCUGCCAGGAUUCCGCUUUAUGUCCAACACAGGGCACAGUCCUGGUCACAACUAUAUAGAAGUGGAGUCCAAUGGAGAAACCCUCAUUGUUUCUGGAGACACGUGGGAGUCAAAGCCGGAUCAACUUCAGAACCCCGACUGGCAGAUCGGGACAGAGACAGACCCUCCAAUGGCUCGCCGUUCAAGAGUGAAGCUAUUAAGGAAGGUUGCUCGAAAUAGAUCAUUGGUUCUAAGUUUCCAUGAGGCGUUCCCAGGGCUUGGACAUGUUGUCAAAAGCGGGAGGCGUUCUUUUGAUUGGGUUGUCGCUCCGCCCAGAAACAUCGGAACAGGCGUGGUUCAAAAGUGCUUCUCAUGA